AUGCGAGCCUGGGUGCAAAUUCUUCUUGGAGCCUUGCUCAUCAGAGCGGUCGGUGCGUAUUGGAUGGAGGAUGUUCAACACCAAGGCAAGGCUUCUUUCAACCCCGACCCGAACUACCAGGUCUUUCGGAACGUGAAGGACUUCGGAGCAAGAGGGGAUGGCGUCACGGACGACACUGCAGCCAUCAACGCUGCAAUCAACGCUGGAGACCGCUGCGGAUUUGGUGGUACUUGUCAGGGCACAACGACCUCUCCCGCCACUGUUUACUUUCCUGCUGGAACUUACAAGGUCUCGUCGCCUAUCCUGCAAACCUACUACACCCAUCUUGUCGGCGAUCCGACCUCCAUGCCCACCAUUAAGGCCGCCGCCGACUUCGCUGUUGCAGGAGGAACCAGCAUAGUUAUUGAGUCAAAUCAAUACACCACCAGGGGUCGUCUCUCUUACGGCGCCACCAACGUGUUCUUUCGCCAAAUCCGGAAUCUGGUCAUUGAUACCACAUCCAUCCCGAACAAGACCUACGCUGUCCAUUGGCCGUCAUCUCAGGCGACCUCAAUACAGAACGUUGUCUUUUCAUUGUCACAAGCACCCGACAAUCUACACACAGGGAUCUUCAUGGAAGAAGGAAGUGGUGGCCUUCUUUCCGACCUGGUCUUCUACGGAGGUCAAUACGGUGCUCAGUUCGGUAACCAACAAUACACGACACAAAACCUAACCUUUGUCAACUGCCAAACAGCGAUCUUGCAGCUAUGGGACUGGUUUUGGGUAUACAGAGACAUCACCAUUGCGAAUUGCGGGGUGGGCAUUAACAUGACUGCCGCCUCGGUUGGCUCUGCGGUCAUCAUGGACAGCUUUUUCUACAACGUCUCCAAAGGCAUUGUGAGCUCUAGAAGCGGCGCCGGCGCGGGUGAAACACCCGGUCAGGGGACAUUAGUGAUGGAAAACGUCGGGUUCAGCAACGUCCAAACGAUCUUUCAAGGACUUAACAGCACUCUGCAGGCGGCUCCAGGAUAUAACGGAUCUUUAGUCACCGGCAUGAUUCUCGGCAACGUGUACACCCCUGGUGGACCUGACUUUGUGUUCGCGGGGCUCAACGACUGGUUUCCUACCCCUUCUAUCCUCAAGGAAGGCAGCAAGUACUACAAGCGGUCCAAACCUCAGUACGAAGACAAGCCCUCCAAUUGUUUUGUCUCGGCUCGUACAUUCGGUGCCAAGGGCGACGGUGUGACGGAUGAUACGGCCGCCCUCACGUCCUUCUUCGCGUACCUAUCCCAGUCCUUCAAUCAGGGCAUUGUUGGUUUUGUCGAUGCGGGAUACUACAAAGUCACAGAUACAGUCCAUAUCCCGCCAAACACUCGAAUCGUGGGCGAGGCUCUAGCAUCAGUCAUCAUGGGGUCCGGUGUCAACUUUUCAAGCAUGGAUGACCCACGCCCGGUUGUCCAAGUCGGCAAGCCAGGGGAUUUUGGCUAUAUCGAAUGGAGUGACAUGAUCGUCUCAACGCAAGGACCAACUUCUGGCGCUGUACUAAUAGAGUACAACCUAUCUGGAUGUUCAGGCUGCCAGGAGCCAUCUGGCAUGUGGGAAGUUCAUAUUCGCGUCGGCGGCUUUGCCGGCUCGGAACUCCAGAUAGCAGAAUGUCCGACAACUCCUGACCAAGAGAAUUCUAUCAACAGCAAUUGCAUCGCUGCCUACCUUGGUAUGCAUAUUACAGCCCAAGCCAACGAUCUAUACAUGGAGAACAACUGGAAUUGGGUCGCUGACCAUGAUAUCGAGGAUCUUAACAGCACUCAAGUCUCAAUUUACGGCGGUCGGGGUCUCCUCAUUGAGUCCGAGGGUGGUCGCAUCUGGGCAGUCGCUUCAAGCGUCGAGCACUGGACUCUCUAUCAGUACCAGCUCAUCAACACUCAGAACAUCUGGAUGGGUCAAAUCCAGACGGAGACACCCUACUACCAACCCAAUCCGCGCGCUCCUUACCCCUUUGCUGAUAAGGACACGGCGCUGCAUGACCCGGACUUCCAGUCUGACUGUGUCACUCUGGACCAGAGCUACAUUCCAGGUUCUAACAUCACUGCUCCUUGCGAAAUGGCAUGGGCUCUGCGCAUCAUCGACUGCAGCAAUGUCGUUAUAUAUGGUGCGGGGCUCUACAGCUUCUUCAACAAUUACAGCACCUUGUGCAGUGAUGGACCGAAGAACGCGCAGAGAAAGUGCCAAUCUAGACUCGUUUGGAUCGAGGACGACAAAGGUACCUCGGAGAAUGUUACCAUUUACGACCUCAACACAAUCGGCACCAUCAGCAUGGUGACGAACAACGGCACUGAAGCCGUCCUAUGGUCUGAUAAUUGGAGCGUCUUUGGGGAGUCGAUCGCACUCUUCAAGCCAUGA